GCCCGACGUGCGGCGGGAGCGGCCCCGGCCCCGCCCCCCGGGAUAAGAGCGGCGGCCCGCGCGCGGCGCGGCAGUGACCGGGUGCUGUCGCGACUCGGCGCAUGCGUGUCGCGCCGACGGCCGAGCGGGGACAUGCGGAGCUGCGCGACGCUGUCGGGGGAAUGAAAACCGCAGGAGGGCUGUCGGGGACUGACUCUCUGGGGCUGUGAGGUGCCGCCGGCGGCAGCGCACAAUGUCAACGGCAGGAGUGGCUGCUCAGGAGAUGGGAGUCCCGUUAAAAGCCGGAUUUCUUCACACUGGUCAAGGCAUGGGGAGUCUGAAAACCUGCUGGGGCAGCCACAGCGGCUUUGAGAAUACUUUCUUUACCGUGGACCCUAUAGCGAUGGCGUAUGAGCUGAGCCCACCGGCGGCGGAGCGGUUCCCACCCGUUGGGCACUCUGCCAGUGACGCUUGCGUGACCGACCACAGCUUUGCUGAAAGCUGCACCCCAGUCCCGUCUCAGAAAUCCAGCCCACCUCCUGUAAGCCCCAAAAAUGAACAGCUGAUUUCAAGAUAUGAAGACCAUCUCAUCCCUGGCUUUAGUAAACUGUCGUUAACUAUGGGCUGUGUUUCUGAAGAAACACCUCCUCACAUGCCAAUAAAACAUGGGCCAAUUCAGUUUCUGUCUCCAUCUUCCAAUGACCGUAGCUCCAGACCGCUUCCCCCUCUGCCUAUUUCUGAAGACCUUAUUCCCGAUGAGAUGGACAAAGAGGUGGAGUUCCUGACUAGCUCAGAUACCGACUUCUUAUUAGAAGAUUAUGAACUUCCCUCUUUUAAAUCCAGUGCUCCGAGCCGGCGGAGCUUUAGGGGCUGUGGACAGAUCAACUACGCAUACUUUGAUACUCCAACAGGACCAAACCCAGAAGAUGCCAACCCUACACAACGCCUAAAUGGAUACGUAUCCAGUAUUUAUCCUCCUCCGCAGCAGCUGCAUCGACGUUUGCGAAGGUCCCAUUCUGGGCCAGCUGGAUCUCUUAAUAAACCAGUAGUAAGACUAUCUGGACACUUAAACAGAUCUUCACCGAAUUCCGAUGAAGAUAAACCAGAGGUUCCACCAAGGGUUCCCAUACCUCCAAGGGCUCUCAAACCGGAUUACAGAAGGUGGUCAGCAGAAGUUGCUUCUAGCGCAUACAGCGAUGAAGACAGGCCUCCAAAAGUGCCCCCAAGAGAACCUUUGUCACGCAGCAAUUCCCGUACGCCAAGUCCCAAAAGCCUGCCGUCAUACCUCAAUGGGGUUAUGCCCCCCACCCAGAGUUUUGCACCUGAUCCCAAGUACGUCAGCAGCAAAGCUCUGCAAAGACAAAACAGUGAAGGAUCUUCCAACAGGGUCCCUUGCAUUCUUCCGAUCAUUGAGAAUGGUAAGAAGGCCAGUUCAACACACUACUAUCUGCUGCCUGAAAGGCCUCCAUAUUUGGACAAGUAUGAGAAAUUCUUCAGAGAAGCAGAAGAAAGUAGUUCUAGCACCGGGGUUCAGUCCUGGUCUGGUGACUGCACAGCCACUUCAGCCCCAGCAAAACUGGACUCAAAGCCUAGAGUGGACAUAGCUGGUCAUCUGAAACGAAAACACCUGUCUUACGUGGUUUCCCCGUAGCCUCUGGGAGCACGGUCUCAGCUCGGUUGUUCAGGAUGGAGCUGAACUUGAUCACGUUACAAAGUUCUUCAGGUUCUCAGAUAAUGAAGUAGGACCAGUUUGUCCUCCGAGAACUGGAAAGUGGCUGGUAAAGUCCUCUUAUGCUGCAUAUCUCUGAUAUGUUUCUUAAGACUGGUUUUUGUCUUGGUAUAUAUAGCUGAAAACCUGCAAAGAUUCCAUAGAAACGUAUAGAGGGAUAGUCGUCACAGUUGGCCAGUUAUAUGCUACCUAGAUGAACGUGUUUGGUAGCCACGUUAUAACGAAAAAUAUAAAUAAAUCUAGCUUUGCUGAAGAGUCCCUUAUAAAGCUGACAACAGAGCAGACCACGCAGUCCAGUUUUUGUGUCAGGCUUUUCCAAAAUUUCUUUCAUACAGUUAACUCUGCUGAGGACAGAGCCUGUCCCCUUUGACCAGGAUACGCCAGCCUGGUGAGAAGGUAACUGCAAGAUCCGAUGUCUGCUGCAAGACUUGGCAAGCACACUGGAAGUGCAUUUUGAAAGAUGAAUUUGUUUUACAACUGAAUUUGACACUAAUAGACGUUUGAAGUGAGUUAGGUUUUGUCGCUUCUCUCAGUUGCUAGACACACUUGACUCAGUUUUGCAGUUUUCCCUAGGAGAGACUCAGACCAGCUACUGCGAAGCCUCUGCUGCUGCUCUUUUCCUGCUGGAUCUAGAAACGUGUGGAAGUGUCCCAAAAGCGGCAGAGGGUACACGCAGCUGUACGGUUGCUGUUAGGUAGGCAGUAACAGCUACAUGCUCACCUAGAGUCUGAAAUUCUGACUGUGUUACAUACAGAACUACAGCACAAGCUGGUCUUGUGUUUUGGUUUCUGUUCAGUAUUUUAGGGGAGGAUGAGGAGGGUCUGAGCAAAACCCACGAUUCCAUUUAUGAACAGUGUCAGUCCCAUCUCUCGCUGCUUCAGAUGCUGCUGCUUGCUGUUUAAUUUUUCCUCAUCGUGCCUCGGCGAUCCGUUAAAGUUCAUUGAGGUGCCACAUUCGUGCGUUAGCAGUUUCUCAUGCUCAUUUUGAUUACAUUUAUCCUCUUACAGAUAAGCACAAGAGAAAGGGUGCUCAUUAACGGAGGUACAGAAGAUGAAUGUGUUCCUCCUAACAGAAAUAAAGAAGCUGUUUACAGUUUAAACUGCUGAAUGAGAUGUUUGAGCUGUUUUAAAGCUUACUUUUUAUUUUAGUACAAACUAAAUGAAGGUGAAAUACAUGCUAUAGAAAUGCACUGAUAUUUCUGCAUCCUGUACAGUAUUGAAUAAAAAGAGAAUUCACUUUGUAUUUUGAAUAUUGUCAUGUCUCGAGUUUAAUAAAGUUAUAAAAUACUUAUUUAUGAUA